CUGAAAAAUGCAGAUCUGGCAUCACACGCACACACGCACACGCACCCAUCGGAAUAAUUCCACGAGCAGCCAGCCCCUCGGAUUUCCCCCUCUCCUCGAGACUGUGAGAUACUAAAGCAGAGCACCGCUUAAUUGGUUGUCUGCAGCCAGCCCGCUGACCGGUCCCCUUAGAGUAUCCAUAUUAUCCUUUGCUUAGCUUUUUAUUCCCGUUACUGAGCCCACGAAUAUUGCCUUGCACUCCCUGUCCGAAAAAGCCAUGAAGACAGGCACUGUUCCAUGCUGCAAGACAGCUGGCCUCUUUUUACUGGGGUUCCUUCGCUUUGCCUCUGCAUCUCAAAGGGCCGUCUAUACCAAUCAUUUUUUCGUGGAGUUUCACAAAGCGGGAGAAGCAGAAGCCAAGCAACUUGCUGCAGAAUACGGCUUUAAUGGGGUCAGGAAGCUUCCCUUUAUAGAGGAUGGCUACCACUUUUCCCAUAAUGGCUUAGCCAAAAGUCGAAGGCAGAGGAGUCUUCAGCACCAACUACAUUUACAGAAAGAUCCCAGGGUAAAGAAAGUUGUGCAGCAGGAAGGUUUUGGGAGGAAGAAGAGAGGAUACAGAAGCAUCAAUGAAAUUGUCAUCAACAUGGAUGAUCCUUUAUUUACAAAACAGUGGUACUUGAUCAACACUGGGCAAGCAGAUGGGACUCCUGGCCUUGAUUUAAAUGUGGCUGAAGCCUGGGAGCUGGGCUACACAGGAAAAGGAGUAACGAUAGGAAUUAUGGAUGAUGGAAUUGAUUAUCUUCAUCCAGAUUUGGCUGCCAAUUAUAAUGCUCAAGCCAGCUAUGAUUUUAGCAGUAAUGAUCCAUAUCCAUAUCCCCGCUAUACAGAUGAUUGGUUUAACAGUCAUGGAACCAGAUGUGCUGGAGAAGUGUCAGCUGCAGCAAACAACAAUAUCUGUGGAGUUGGAGUGGCUUAUAAUUCGAAAGUAGCAGGUAUCCGAAUGUUGGAUCAGCCAUUUAUGACUGAUAUUAUAGAGGCUUCUUCUAUCAGUCACAUGCCUCAAGUAAUUGAUAUCUAUAGUGCUAGCUGGGGUCCCACUGAUAAUGGCAAAACUGUGGAUGGGCCAAGAGAACUGACCUUACAAGCCAUGGCAGAUGGAGUGAAUAAGGGCCGUGGUGGCAAGGGAAGUAUCUAUGUCUGGGCCUCUGGAGAUGGAGGAAGUUAUGACGACUGUAACUGUGAUGGCUACGCAUCAAGCAUGUGGACUAUCUCCAUCAAUUCAGCUAUUAAUGAUGGCCGGACAGCUUUGUAUGAUGAAAGUUGUUCCUCAACUUUAGCUUCUACUUUUAGCAAUGGGAGAAAGAGAAAUCCUGAAGCCGGUGUGGCUACAACAGAUCUAUAUGGCAACUGUACAUUACGCCACUCAGGAACAUCUGCAGCUGCCCCAGAGGCUGCGGGAGUGUUUGCUCUGGCCCUGGAAGCAAAUGUGGAUCUGACCUGGAGGGACUUGCAACAUUUGAUUGUGCUCACAUCCAAAAGGAACCAGCUUCAUGAUGAAGUUCACAAGUGGAGAAGAAAUGGAGUUGGCCUUGAAUUCAACCACUUGUUUGGCUAUGGGGUCCUAGAUGCUGGGGCAAUGGUUACAAUGGCUAAAGACUGGAAGACUGUUCCGGAGAGAUUUCACUGUGUGGGUGGAUCAGUCCAAGAACCUCAGAAAGUACCAUCUGGUGGCAAGUUGGUUCUGACGCUUUCAACAGAUGCCUGCGAGGGGAAAGAGAACUUUGUCCGUUACCUUGAACAUGUUCAAGCUGUUAUCACAGUGAACUCUACGAGAAGAGGGGAUUUGAAUAUCAACAUGACCUCGCCAAUGGGGACAAAAUCCAUCUUGCUGAGUCGGCGGCCAAGGGAUGAUGAUUCCAAAGUGGGCUUUGACAAGUGGCCUUUCAUGACUACACAUUCUUGGGGAGAAGACCCCAGAGGUACCUGGGUUCUCGAAGUUGGGUUUGUUGGGAUCUUGCCCCAAAAGGGAGUCCUUAAAGAAUGGACACUAAUGCUACAUGGAACUCAAAGUGCACCCUACAUAGACCAAAUAGUGAAAGAUUACCAGUCUAAACUGGCUAUGUCCAAGAAGGAGGAGUUGGAAGAAGAAUUAGAUGAAGCAGUAGAGAGAAGUCUCAAAAGUAUAUUAAACAAGAAUUAGCAUUGCUUUGCAUGCCAAAUGGCUAGAUUUCCCCUUUGUCCUUUCCUGUAUGUUCCCAUUAGGCAUAUAACAGUCAUUGUCCCUCAGUCACUACCUAACCUUUUCAUUCUACAAUCGUGCAUUGUCUAAUUUAACUAAAGUGGAAAUUUCUGGAUUCUGAGCCCCAAAUAUAUGAUUACAUACCAAUUACUUUGCAAGAUUGUAUGGCUGUAACUAUUUUUCAUUUGAAGACAAAUUAUUUGGGGGAGAGGUAUUUUAUUUUGUUUUGCUACAUUUGACCUCAUGCAACAUGAAACAACCAACUGGAAAAGUUGUGGCCACAUUUCUUUUUAUAUUUUUAUGGCAGAUACAGAAUUUACAAUUUUAUUUUAAAUUUUGGAAGUGGGCUUGCUGAAAUAUUGCCAG